AUGACGAAUCAAGGUAUCACCAAGACUAGGCACGAGAGAAAACGGGUGUUUGCUCCGAAAUCCCGCUCCGGAUGCUUGAGUUGCAGGAAGAGAAGAAUCAAAUGUGAUGAGCGUAGACCUCAAUGUGAGAAGUGCGCAAAGAGCGGAUUCUCGUGCGACGGAUAUCUCAAUUCCAGCAAGUUGGUACCCAAAAAGGCUAGAUUGCAUAAAAUUGCUCCAAAGCAAUCAAUUGCCCCGAAACCAGCGCCGACAUCUUCAGAUUGCAUCCCAAUUCCAACUUUGAAACAAUGGACCAGCUGCGGAGGCGGUCUACUUCUACAGCCCCGAAACACUUUGUUUGGAUCCGAGAAGGAGGCUCGCUACUUCCGAGUCUUCUGCGACAAUGUUGCUAUCCAGCUCUCUGGGUUCUAUGACCUGCCACUAUGGAACCGACUCAUCCUUCAAACGGCCGAACAAGAAGAGUCUGUUCGUCAUGGCAUCAUCUCAAUUGGCGCUCUUCAGCAGACCAUUGAUCUGAGAUCCCAGCAAGAUGGUCGUUACAUCGCCCCACUCACUGCCCUUGAUGAGCAUCAUCGCUUCGCUAUCGAACAGUACAGCAAAGCAAUCAAGCAAAUGAGGGAUGCAGUUGCCACACAAAAGCAUCAACUCAGAACCACAUUACUAACCUGCUUACUGAUCAUCUGCUUCGAGAGUCUGCACGGCAACCAUGAGUCGGCUAUCACGCAAAUGCAAAUUGGCAUCCACUUGCUGGAAGACUUCAUCUCAAGCCAACGACAAGCUAUCACAGGCCCCAUCAGAACGAAGAACCCAAAGAGCACCGAAACGGGCCAUUUGAAUGUCCCACCUUUCAACGAAUCCACGGAUUUUCCAUCAUUCGCUCUCCACUCACCAGCGCCAGAUAUCAUCGAGGACGACCUAGUUCAAGCCUUUGCACGUCUCGACAUGCAAUCCAACUCAUUCAUCGACUCUAGACCUAUCGAAUAUCAUAUGGCAAUGAAGGACUAUGGCUUAGAUUGUAUUGUACGAAUGCCAAAAGUAUUUUCCAGCAUGCACGAGGCAAGGAAAUACUAUGAGCUCGUCAUGCGACGUCUUAUGCACUGGAUCAGUUCUGUAUAUCACCGCGGUGGAAAAGACACCACGAAGAAAGGAAAUCUUCACUCAGCUAAUGAAGCUAUCCCUCGGAAUGAUUGGAUUCUUGAUGUAGAAGGUGAAGAGGGCGGUAUCUUGAAUCGGGAGAAUCCUCCCUCUCAAGACGUGACACCAGCCACUUAUGAGGAAAAGCAAAUGCAUUUGAACGAGCUUGAGCUUUGGUGGCACGCAUUUACCCCACUUCUCAACAACUACCGCCCUCACACAGAUACCAAAGAGUACUUGUGCUCCACGAGCCUCCAGCUUCGCUUCACAGCAACAAGAUUUGCUCUUUCAACAACACUCAACACUGAUCAGAUGGUUUAUGAUAAAAGAAUUGACGAGGUUAAACAAGUCAUCCGUCUCGCUAAGAUCCUUCACUCGCAUCCCUCAGUUAAAGGACAAUUCACUUUCGACUUAGGAUACAUACCUCAACUAUAUGUCAUGGCGAUCAAAUGUCGCCAUCGUACAAUACGGCGCGAAGCUAUACAUUUACUCCUAUCUAGAGUUUGGCGUGAAGGAGUCUGGGAUUCGGUACUAGCCGGCAGAAUGGCUACUUCUCUUAUGGAAGUCGAAGAGCAAGGUAUCAAAGGCGAAUAUAUACCAAACGAGGCUAGAGUCAAGGGUACGAAGAUGAAGUUUGAUUUGCAGAAACGAGAGGGACACUUGACGUGUUUCAUGGUUGGUGGGCCAGUGGUGAAACGGACGAUUCGGUGGUGA